GUAUAUGUACUAGAUGGCGCUAUUAUAUGCUUAAGCUUUGAGCUAUCAAUACAUUUGUUUAUUAAAAAAAGUUAUUCAGUGGCACGUGGUGCGCAAAAUAAUUUUAAAGCAGUUGUUACUGCGUUACAAAAAUAGAAUUUUAUAACAACGAGAACAAAGAACCCAGAGAGGUAAGGUUAGUCUUAGGGCCACCUUAAAUCGUCCGUGGACCGUAUACCUUCUUUCAGGUUAGGAUGAUCUAGUCAAAUUCAAUCAAAGCCUGAGGAACAAAGGUAACAAAGGGGAGCAAGAAUAGGAAUUCAGUUUAGAAGGAAUAAGAGAUCAGGUCGAACGGGCCAAUUUGAAAUAAAAUGGAGCUCAAGAUGGACUAUGAGGAUCCCAAACAGAUCUCUAAAUUGUUUUUAACAAGAGUGUAUUACGCAGCAAGAGAUGGGAUGGCCAUAACUUUAUAUAAUUUGUUAAACAACAAGGAUCCUGAAAUGGUGAACAUGAUAAUAAACCAAAAAGUGCUGGAAGAAGAUGGCCAACAUUGUACGCCCUUGAUAAUAGCUGCCAGAUAUGGUAAAAACAAAGUUGUUCAAAUCUUAUUAGACAAGUUCAAGCCGGAUUUAGAACAAGAGGGUACAGUGAAGUUCGAUGGAUAUGUCAUUGAGAAAGCAACUGCCCUGUGGUGCGCCACAGGUGCUGGACAUUUGAACGUCGUCAAAAGAUUGGUAAAGGCUGGGGCUAACGUGAAUCAUUCAACUAAAAGUUCAUCCACUCCACUGAGAGCUGCUUGCUUCGAUGGGAGGCUGGACAUCGUUGAAUAUCUGAUGGAACACGGAGCAGACAUGAACAUCUCUAAUCAGUUUAAUAAUACUUGUCUAAUGAUCGCUGCCUAUAAAGGGCAUUUAGAGAUCGUUUCUUAUCUUUUAGAGAAAGGAGCAAAUCCUAACGAGAAGGCAAAUUGCGGAGCUACAGCUUUGCAUUUUGCCGCCGAGAGGGGCUACACCGAUAUAGUCUCGAAGUUAUUAGAUUUUGGAGCAGAGAUGAGCAAAAAUGUCAGUGGAAUGACUCCGUUGAUAAUGGCAGCGGAGAAGACCAGGGCCGAAGUGGUCGAACACUUAAUAAAUCGGGUCGAAGUGAGCAAGAAUGACAUUAUAGAAGCCUAUGAACUUCUCGGAGCUAGUUUCGCUAACGACGAGACGAACUACCGGUUAAUGAAGGCUCAUAAAUAUCUAUCUAAGGGGAUGGAACUCAGAUUCAGUGAUCCAGAUAACGUUAUUUAUAAAAAAUUAGGAAAGCCUGUGAAAGCUUAUGAGAACUGCAAAGAAUCCGAGACUGUGGAGGAAUUAGAAAAUAUUAGGAAUAAUCAAAACGCCAUUCACAUGGAAUCACUGGCUGUGAGGGAAAGGAUAUUAGGCACACAGAACCCGGAAGUGCCUCGUCAUGUUAUAUUUCGUGGAGCAGUGUUCGCCGACAGCGCGAGAUUCGAUAAAUGUAUCGAUCUAUGGCUUCACGCUCUUCACCUGAAGCAGAUGAACGAUAUUCCCGUGGUAAAAGAUAUCUUGCGGUUUGCCCAGGUGUUCUCGCAGAUGAUACACGUGGGAAUUGAAAUCGACUUCGCUCAGGUCUUAAGCGUGCUAGAAUCCUGCGUAACGGAAUUGUCUAAUAAUAAGUCGAAAGUCAACAGUCCGGACUCGGAAGAGGACGUCGAGCAACACGUAGAUGAAAUGGAAUCGAAUAUAAUGACGACUCUCUACAUCCUGACAAUUUUAACGAAGCUUCUGACUCUGAACGGGAAUAGGUACGAGGUGGAGGAUAAAUGUAGAGCCCAUCAUCUGGUUCACAGACUCUGCGCUCUUCAAUUGAGACUGAAGGACGGCCAAACUCUGUUGCAUCUGGCCGUGAACGCGGCGACGCUCGUAGACGAUUUUCAUACGCACCACGUUUGCAAAUUUCCUUGUGCGGCCACGGCCAAACUUUUGAUACACUGCGGUGCGGACGUGAACGCAAUGGACAGUAAUAGGAAUACACCGUUACACGUGAUCGUCGGCUACAGGGAACCGAUUAGCGAUUUUAUGACUCUCUACACAAUAAUUAUGGAAUUGAUCGAGGCUGGGGCACACAUGGAUACCGUGAACAGCAGUGGAAAGACUCCAUACGAUGCAGUGACCACAGGUGUAGCAGAGAUCAUUCUAAGGACUCAGACGAAACUAUCUUUAAAAUGUAUGGCAGCGAAAGCGGUGAAAACCUACAAUCUAUCCUACUGUGGCAACGUUCCACGAUCCUUGGAGAGUUUUAUCGAGCUGCACGGCCCUGGUCUCAACCAGGGUUAACCGUCGACCACUAGUAAUUAAGUAUUCUUCUACCCAGUAAUUGUUGUAUUCAAAUAAAUCGCACACAGUGACGAAUGUUUUUGUAAAACGGUAUAACAGUGAAGUGUAAAGUUUGUACAUAAUAGAAUAAAUAUGUAUAAAUACUCA